GGAUCGACCCCCGGUCACGGUGAAGCUGCAUGCGCUCAGGGCGACAGCGUAGCGUCGCACCGUACAUGUGCAUGUGGUGUGGAAGGGAAGGAGAGAAGAAAGAGAAGGAUCGCCUGGCCUGGUGAAUUGGUGAUCACCGUGGGCGUGGACAGGCACGUCGUAGGUACGUAGGUGGUGCAUGCAUGAGCAAGAAGAAGAGAGAAGGAGGCGGAGGAGGAAAAGGCGGUGGGGGAGGAGGCGGCGGCGGGCCGACGGCGGUAACGGAUGUGCUUUCCAUGGACGGCGGCCUCCGCGAGGUGUCGGUCUCAGUCGUCUUCUCCGUGUGGUGUCUCCUUUUCCUGCUGCGCUCCCAGUUCCUCAACAGCCAGACCGACGAUCCUUCGGAUUUGUACGGCGAGCGCAAGCGCGACGACAACUACUGCAAGGUGAUGCCACUGGAGGCAUACAUAUUCCCCGCCGAUAACGCAUCCUCCCCGACGUGCCAAUCCUCCUCAUCGCCGCACCGGCACCGCCCGGAAGCGGAAGCGGAAGCGGAAGCGGAAGCGGUGGCACCGUCCAACGCAAGCAGCGGCAACCCGCCGACCGAGGCGGCCUUGGUGGAGCUGGACGAGUUCCGUAGCCGCAUCCUGCAGGGCAAGGCCGACAACGACAGCAGCCGGCACCACCAGCGCGUGGCCGACGGCGCCACGCCCACGCACCGGCUGGAGCCCAGCGGCGCCGAGUACAACUACGCGGCGGCGUCCAAGGGAGCCAAGGCGCUGGCCCACAACAAGGAGGCCAAGGGCGCCGCAAACAUCCUCGACGGCGACAAGGACCGCUACCUCCGCAACCCGUGCUCCGCGGACGACAAGUUCGUCGUGGUACAGCUCUCCGAGGAGACGCUGGUCCACACCGUGGCGCUGGCCAACCUGGAGCACUACUCCUCCAACUUCAAAGACGUGGAGCUGUACGGCAGCCUGAGCUACCCGGGGGAGGCGUGGGAGCUGCUGGGGCGGUUCACGGCGGAGAACGGCAAGCACGCUCAGCGGUUCGUGCUGGCGGAGCCACGGUGGACGCGCUACCUCCGGCUGCGUCUCGUCAGCCACUACGGCUCCGGGUUCUACUGCAUCCUCAGCUACCUCGAGGUGUACGGCAUCGACGCCGUGGAGCGGAUGCUCCAGGACUUCAUCGCCAGCCACAGCCCGGACGCGGACGCCGCAAAGGCCGCCGCCGACGCCCGUAAGGACAGCGGCCACAACGACACCCAGCUCCACGCCAAGCACAAGCAGGUGGAAGGCAGCGGGCGGAACGACAGCGCGGGCGACGUGGCCAAGAACAACGGCUCCAAGGUGCCAGCGCAGGGCAAGGAGGCGGUGAAGCAGGCCACGGGGCGGGUCCACGGCGACGUGGUGCUCAAGAUCCUGAUGCAGAAGCUGAGGUCCCUGGAGCUGGGGCUGUCCACGCUGGAGGAGUACACCAAGGUGCUCAACCAGAGGUACGGCGGCAAGCUGCCGGACCUGCAUAACGGGCUCACGCAGACGGGCAAGGCGCUGGAGAAGAUGAAGGCGGACGUGGAGGACCUGGUGGAGUGGAAGGACAAGGUGGCGAGGGAUCUGGGAGAGCUCAGGGGCUGGAAAUCAAGCGUGUCGGGAAAACUAGAGCAUCUUGUGAGAGAGAACGCGGCGAUGAGGUGGGACGUGGAGGAGAUGAGGAGCAUCCAGCAGACGCUUCAGAACAAGGAGCUGGCGGUGCUUUCCAUCAGCCUCUUCUUGGCGUGCCUCGCGCUCUUCAAGCUCGCGUGCGACCGCUUGCUGUUGCUCUUCGCCAGCAAGGAGGAGGAGGACAGAGCAGGAAGCGGGUGGUUGCUCGUGCUCACGGCCAGCAGCAUCACCACUCUCAUCGUGCUGCUCUACAGCUGAACUCAACACUCUUCAUUUGUUAGGAUUAGAAUAAUAAUAAUCACUUUGCGAGCUAGACCAGACCUCGCUACCUUCUUUCAGGUCAUGUUAUGCCUUAGUAACUCAGUAGGUGAUCUAAUUCUCCCCUGGUUUAGCACGCACAUCUAGUCUUGUUUUGCAAUAGAAAUAAAGUACACCCAUGGGUGAUGGUGAAGAAAAAUGGGUAUACUGUGCAAUAUGUUAAACUAAAUAGACUUGGAUUUCAUGGGUUUCUUAAUGACUAGUCGUUCGCUAUGGUAACGAGGAACCAAAGAAAAGGUUAUCCAAUACGAUACCCACGUUUACUUUCAUCUGCAACGAGAAAUGGGUUCAUUUCAUAGCAGGCAACACAAGAGUGGUGCAGCAUGUGUCAGUGGAAAGGGUUACAGACCACACACAAAAAUGGACAAUUGAGCGAGCAAAUUAUUGAGGCACUGUUGCAAUUGUGUGCUCGUCUUGCUGGCAUUCAGCACUACAAACUUUUCAGAAACAAAA